AUGGCCAUGGCUUCCACCGCCCUCUCAUCGGCCUUCACCCUCCUCCACGCCAAGCCCGCCGCCACCUCCCUGCCCCGGCCACACCCAUUCUUCGUCCCCAUGCACGGUCGCCGCCCCUCCGUCGCCGUCGCCUGCACCUCAACCGCGGCGGCCUCCCCGAAGGUGCUGGAGCUGGGGGACGCCAUCGCGGGGCUGACCCUGGAGGAGGCGCGCGGGCUGGUGGACCACCUGCAGGAGCGCCUGGGCGUGUCGGCGGCCGCGUUCGCGCCCGCCGCCGCCGUGGCCGCGCCGGCCGGACCGGCGGCCGAGGCCGAGGCGCCCGCGGAGCAGACGGAGUUCGACGUGGUGAUCGAGGAGGUGCCGAGCAGCGCCCGCAUCGCCACCAUCAAGGUGGUGCGCGCGCUGACCAACCUGGCGCUCAAGGACGCCAAGGACCUCAUCGAGGGCCUCCCCAAGAAGCUCAAGGAGGCCGUCGGCAAGGACGAGGCCGAGGACGCCAAGAAGCAGCUCGAGGCCGUCGGCGCCAAGGUCACCGUCGCCUGA